AUGGUGCCUGAAAGGAGCCUUCAACCUCGUGCGUUCUCAGUCAUGCCUCUCGUAUGGAGCUUUGGUAGUAUCCUGGGACCAGCCUUUGGUGGUUUCUUCGCGUCUCCGGCCGUCAAUCUUCCUGGACUGUUCAGCAACAACAAGUUGCUCACAAAGUUUCCCUUCGCGCUGCCCAAUAUGAUAGCGUCCAUCUUCUUUGCCGUCGGCAUUAUUGUCGGCUUCCUCUUUCUGAAAGAGACCCUAGAGACUCGCAAGAACAAACCCGAUUACGGAAUUUAUAUCGGCCAGAGGCUGGUUCGGUGUGUCACGUCCCGCAAGAAGAGGAGGAACUGUGACUAUGACGACGAUGAGCUCGGAGCUGCUCUGCUCAACAACACCCACUCCCGCAGUAACUCUCACUCCUCCAGCAAACAAUUCGACACGACAUGGAAAGCACCCAAGACUCCACAAGCGGCCGGUCCCUCCGUCUGGGAAGUCUUCAACAAGCAAUCAAACCUCAACCUCCUCUCAUACGCCAUCCUCGCCCUCCACAGCAUGGCCAUGGACCAACUCCUUCCAAUCUUCAUGCACCACCCUCAACAAGCACCCGACUCCUCCAACACGACACUCCCCUUCAAAUUCAGCGGAGGCUUCGGCAUCUCCUCCUCCCGCAUUGGGACUCUCUUCACCGCCUACGGUAUCUGCAGCGGCAUCGUGCAGUUCUUCGUAUUCCCGGUGGUGGUACGGCGGUUCGGUGUCCUGCGGUGCUACCGCGUGUGCGCAGUCGUUAUUCCAUCCGUCAUGUUCGUCACGCCGUAUACGGCGCUUAUCCAGAACCCUAUACGUCAGCAACUUGCGAUGUUUAGCUUGAUGAUCGUCAAGGCGUUCUGUGGCAUCUUCAUGUUCCCAUGUAGUACGAUAAUGUUGACGAAUUCCGCGGCGAGCCUGAGGCUGCUUGGGACACUGAAUGGGGUCGCCACAAGCGUGAGUGCGAUUGGGCGAGCAGCUGGGCCGUUCUUCGCUGGCGCGGCGUUCUCUUGGGGGUUGGAGAGGGGGUAUGUUAUUGUGGCGUGGUGGAUGCUGGGUUUCAUUGCGAUACUUGGCGCGAUUCCGAUAUUUAUGUUAGUUGAGAUGGAGGGGUUUAAUCAGGCCAGCGACGAUGAGGACGGGAGUGACGACGAAGAACUCUUGACCCCUAAUGAUGGUGAUGAUGAUGCGGGCACCAUCAUCGCGGGGGACGAGGCUCUAUAUGAGACUUCGGAGGAUGAAGAAGCGAUUGACAUGGUGGAACAGCCGUUGGCGGGUACACAGCAAAGACUUGGUGUACCCAACGUAUCUGUACAACGCAGGAUGAGCAGUCCGGUUGGUAUCCGAGGAAAUAGUAUUGGGCCAGGCGAACGAGGAAGGAGGCUGAGCACUGGGCUUGGUUACUCCAAUUUCGGUCGUGGAACCGGAGGGACAACAUUCGGAUGA